AUGAAGGCAACGAUUCCAGAAGCCCUUCCAACGAACGCUGUGAAAUUAGGUCGUCUCGUCACAAACCGGAAAUCACCAGCAGAAGAAUUCUACGAUAGUAGCUUUCUUCCAGAUAUCAUCUCUGAGGACAAUAUAAUCACUACAUCCCGAAACAACUUCCAAGAAGUCCUUCGCAGCACUCUUGGCACAUCCACCUACUCAAACCUAACAGCGAUAAUCGGUUCCAAUUACAAUCUCAAAACUCAAGAAUACGUCCUUCUCGAAAGUUUUUCAAAUAAAUCAUACCAACUCGAAAAUUCCACAAAUAUUUUUGAUCAUAUCUGCGCAGAUCCUGGUCUUCGAAAAUGGUUGUUAAGGAUGAUAGGAAAACGACGGAAUAAUAUCUACAUGAUCGUGGGACUCCGAACUAUCACAAAUGCCAAUAUCUCCUGUGGAAGUUUUAAGUUAAAAGAUACCGGCGGAGAAAUCUCAGCUCCAAUAUCAAUCGCACUACCAGCUGCCAUCGGCGUUCCAAUUCCAAUAAUUAGCGAUGUAUUAGAUGUAGGAGUAGGGAAGAGCAGGAUAGAAGAACAUGAAGUACAAACACGAUUUCAAGCCCCUGGAGAAAUGGUAUAUGCGGUUGAAUACCGUAAAUUAGAGUUUUCGUGGUUCUCUAGUAGGAAGGUUGAUAAAGCGACGUUGGGGAAUAGUAGAUGGAUGUUUAAUACUGGUCUUCGGCGCCUUGAAGAGGAGAGUGAUGUGGUCGAUGUAUACCUUGCGGGUGAGGAAGCGGUAGAAAAAGGUGAAGGGGACUAUGUUGAGGAGUUUGAAAUUUGA